GCGAACGGAAAUGAUGUAGAAAAAUUUUAAACCUUAAAUUGGCAAUAUGUUUAAUGAUAGAUCUGAGUUGUCACUAGUGCUAUCCUCCGGUAGCAGACGUAAUUGAUGUUUAUGUUGAUAUUUUGAAUAUUGUACAGUUUUUCUCAAUAAGGAAACCAAAUUACUUGGUCUUCAGGAAUUUAAAAUUGAGAAGUGCCUUGUAAAAUUUGAAAAAUAGCAAGGAUUUUAUAAAUACUAAAAUGGUUCUCCUUGCGGCAAGUGUUACUACAAAGUCUGGAAAAGCAAUUGUGUCUCGUCAAUUUGUGGAGAUGACUCGAGCUAGGAUUGAGGGUCUACUGGCUGCCUUUCCUAAGCUAUUAACUGGCAGUCGGCAGCACACAUUUGUUGAGACAGAAAGUGUACGUUAUGUUUAUCAGCCUAUGGAGAAGCUCUAUACCUUGUUGAUUACUACCAAAGCUAGUAACAUUUUGGAAGAUUUAGAAACUUUAAGACUCUUCACUAGAGUGAUUCCUGAAUACUGCAAAUUUAUGGAUGAAACGGAUGUGGUGAAUAAUGCAUAUAAUUUGAUAUUUGCUUUUGAUGAAAUUGUUGCUCUUGGAUAUAGGGAAAAUGUGAACUUAGCUCAGAUAAGAACCUUUGUGGAAAUGGAUUCACACGAAGAAAAAGUUUUCCAAGCAGUGCGCCAAACUCAAGAGAAGGAGGCUAAGCAGAAGAUGAAAGAAAAGGCUCGUGAAUUGCAAAAGGCAAAACAGGAAGCCAUGAAAAAGGGACGCAACCCAUCGUAUUCAUCCAGUAGUAUGAAUUAUCCACCAUCACCUGUUGUAGGAGACGCAGCUCCUAUUUCUCCUGAAGCACCUACUAAACAGCCAUAUGUAACUCCAAGUACUCGUCCAACUGCUACUGGUAAAGCUAUGAAACUCGGAAACAAAAAUAAGGAUAUUGAUUUAUUUGUUGAUAUGUUGAAAUCUGAAGGUGAAAGUCUAGUUGAUCCUUCUAGUGCUAAGUCACCAGUUGGGGCAAAGUCUCCUACUCAAGUUCACACUGAAAGUGUUCAUUUACGUUGUGAGGAAAAGAUAACUCUUGUUGGUAAAAGAGAUGGCGGCCUUGACAAUUUAGAAGUCCAUGGUAUUGUUAUCCUUAAUAUUAGUGAUGAAAAGGUUGGGCUGAUUCGUGUCAAAAUAGAUAACCAGGAUGAUAAAGGUGCUCAGAGUCAGACUCAUCCUAACAUUGAUAAGGAAUUAUUUAAGAGCUCGCAAGUCAUUGGAAUGAAAAAUUCUGCUAAACCAUUCCCGGUCAAUGUGGAUGUUGGAGUUUUGAAAUGGCGUUUUCAAACACAGGAUGAGAGCCACAUCCCUCUAUUUAUUAAUUGCUGGCCUUCUGAGAAUGGCAAUGGUGGAUGUGAUGUAAAUAUUGAGUAUGAAUUGCAGAAUGAAGCAUUAGAGUUAAAUGAUGUUGAAAUUCAAAUUCCUGUGCCGAGCACGCCAGUUGUGACUGAAUGUGAAGGAAUGUAUGAGCAUGAGAGUCGAAAAAAUAGGCUUGUUUGGAAACUCCCAGUUAUUGAUUCUAACAACAAAUCAGGUUCUAUGGAAUUCACAUGUAGCGGAAAACCUUCAGAUUUUUUCCCUGUAACAGUAGAGUUUGACUCUUUUUCAUCCUUUUGUAAUAUCAAGGUUGCUGAUGUUGUUACUCUGGAUAAUGAACCAGUUAAAUAUUUCUCAGAAUCCUCAUUUGUUGCAGAGAAAUAUGAAAUUGUUUAACAUUUCAAAUGGACUAAAGUUUUAUAUAUUCAUUUA